AUGGAUUGUAGCAGAGGACUAAAUCCUGAGUAUGUUCAAGUGCUAAUCCAUAUCUUGGAAAAAGAAAUGUCAUUACUCAGUGAGGUCCCGAUACUUAAGCUACCAGACCAUGCAAGGAAUAUUUGGCCUGCUUCCAGUGUGGAGGGAGUAGGAAGAGCACAUAUUCCAGUACCUAAGAGGUGUGCAUACAUUUAUAGAGGGUGGUCACCAUGCCAAGCUGCUAAGGCGCAUGGCUCACUUGAACGAGAUGAUGAGGAUGUCUACUUUGAUGAUGAAUCUGCUGAAGUUGUUAUAUCUUCUCUGCGUCUUGGAGAUGACCAAGAAAGUGGUUCACUGUUUACAAAUUCUAACUGGUUUGCCUUUGAGGGUGAAAGAGCUGCCAGUGAGCGUUCAACUAGCGCUAUUGCCUCUCAAUCGCCUAGUACUGAUUUGGCUGGUGGUACUAAUGGUGAAGGUGAUGAUGAUGUCAUUGUUGGCGGAGAUGAUGAUUUGGACGACACUGCAGCCUCUUCUCCCUUGCCUUCAACAAACUCUGAAGACACAACUGCUAGUAAUCUAUUGGGCAGUUCAUCUGAUAAACCACCUGUAUGGGUUGAAUGGAGGGAGACAGAUUCCAGUGAAGCCUGUAAUACAAUUGAAAGUCCCAAUUUGCCAAAUGGUGAAAUCCAAGUGGAAUCGUCAGAUUGUGGUUGUGAUUAUAAUGAGAUUGACAAGCCUUGUAUUUCAUCCGAUGACUGUGACAAAACUGAUGGAGGAUUGCCACAAGCAAAAAAUGAAGAGCCUGAUUCCAGUGUUUCAGAGUCAUUAAUAGCAGGUGAUGGUAGUAGUCCAAGCACCGAACAAACAAGUAACGAGGAUGUGAAGAUGGAAGUAGAAAAGAGGAGACCCUGAAACUAAAGGGAUGACAAAGACAACGAGAGCAAUGUUGCCAAGGAAGCGGAGAGCUAAUGUAGUUUGUAAUUGGUAUACGUUACCCAGGCUAAAUUGAGUCUGACCUAUGAUGACUGGAUAGUGUGUGUCAUCAUGGGGGCACUGUGUU